AUGUGCAGUUACGAUUGCUCGGUGCACCCGACUGAUAUCAACGAAGAUAAUGACAUCACAGGGAUCGGAGUUUUGAUAGGAUACUGUGCAACUGCGGGCAUCGCGGUGUUCAUUAUUGUGUUUCACUACUUGUCUUCCUAUGAACCUCGUCUGGACCCUUUUCGAGACAAGCAGGCCAAUCCUCUACUAUGUGUACGGCCACGACCGAACCCAAUUGAUGAAAUAGUGCUUCGAGGCCCACGAGAACUCUUUUUCAAGGCAUUUGGCACAAUGAGUAGAGGGCGGAAAAAUCAUACCCGGCUCGAAAAGUCGCUCGUCAAGUGCAUUCUCUCUAUGAGUGAUAUUCAAAUCAUUACCGGCAUCUCUAUCAUUGUCAGCGGUGCGGCACAGCUCAAAUGCGGAAUCUCGACAUACCAAUGGCAGGUGCUUGUCUACCUAGCAUGGUUCUCUAGCCUGACCCAUCUCUCAUGUCUGACUCUUCUCCGAAACUACCUACAUCAGCGGCCGGCAGAACGAAUCUGGCGGCUCAUCUGUAUGUUUGUAUUAGUUGUACUACUGAUCUUGGCAUUCCUUCCAACGGCCAACUACAGAUGGCAAUAUGGAUAUUCUGCAAAAAGCACCGGUCGUCCUGCACCUCAGGACUAUGCCAUCUGCUACCUAAUACCAGUACAACGCCCUGAUCCAGCUCCGAAUUAUAUGUAUGUUUCGGUUGAUAACGGUCAUGUCUUAAGUGACUCUUCUAUGAUGGCUAUGUCUAUAUCAGUCGUUUUGGUGUUUGUUGGCUUUGUGUGCAGAGUGUUAAAAUUGCACCAGAGUCUGUCAAGUUUUCUUGCUCGGACUAUCCGCGGGAGAAUCAGCCAUAUGCUACGCAAACCCCUUCGAACGAUUGAAGGCUGGUGUGUUACUCCAAGCUUCCUUCAUAGUCUGCAAAGGCUUCUGUUGUAUCGGCCCCUUUUGGCCCUUUUCCUCACUCUACGUAUCCUAGUAGAUACCUGGGAUUCAAUGUUUUUUGAGGUGGGUUCAUCAAUGAUUCAAUUUAACCCAAGCUUACUGAGAACCCAGGUCUGGUGGCUCAUUAUCAGCUUCAUUUGGGGUGUUCAGCGUUUGUUCAACACCGUGCGUCUCUUUCUCAAUAAAGAAGACAUGGAGUGGAGCUUCGGUCAGGUCAUGUCUAUUGCACUUCUUGCUGUUCCUUUGGUAACUGCCUUUGAAUUUUUCUAUCCGGAAUCUAAGACUCAAGAAGUGGAGGAGCCUCAGGGCCAACUGUGCUCUGUUUCGGUCGACCGCAGUGAGCACGCCUCUGAACUGCCGGCCUACAGCGAGCUCCACUUGCCGGUUGUGCGAGAUUUGGCCCGUCGGACCUUCAAUGACCAUCCUGACUACGAGCUUUACUACGCAUCCGGCUCUCUGACCGCUCCCGCUGUAACGCUGGUUCUCUCUGUCGUUUCUCUUUCUCUUUGGUGUCUCAUACGGGCAUGCACGUUUAACGGCCUGGAAGGCCUGGGGUUUUUGCAGAUCUCCUUUUACCCCUGGGGUUUAACACCUUUGGUAUUGGCUUUUUGCAUCUUCUAUGGUAUCCUUUUCUCCUUCCUGGUCGCUACUAUGGGAUCGAAAAAUCGACGUAAGGGAGAGGGUCAUAGCUUGCUUGUGCGAUCACUACCUGUGAUAAAAAUCAUUUGCUUGACUGGUGCCGCUUUUGUGAUGUUUGCCUUUGGGGUUUCCGGGCCUUACCCCGGUUGGGCCGCCCUUGGCGUGGCUGGUUUGUACUUCCUUUGCUCUUUGUUUGCUUCAGCCAGUGAUUGGUAUACAAGAGUUCACCUCGCCGAAGUAUAA